AUGCUGCCUGGCCGACAGCCUGGGCAUAAGGAUUGGCAUGUGAAGUUGCUGCCAACUCAUGUGUCCAAGGCCUCAGUGUGGCGUCUCUACGUGAGCUUCAAAGCACUGUGGAACCGACUUCUCCCACACAUCAAAAGUUGCCGGCCACGCACAGAUCUCUGCUGGCAGUGCCAAAGCAAUAACGAGCAGCUGAUACGAAGUGCAAACCUCCCAGAUGAUAGAAAGUCUGAAGCAGUAAAGAAGCAACAAGAUCAUCUUUCCCUUGUGCAGAAAGAGAGGGCUGUGUACAACGACAUGACUGCUGCCUGCAGAAAGAUUUGCUCUGGCUCCAACCUGUCUUUUGGACCAUCCCUACCAGCAAGCAAGAAGAUUAGGAUGCAUUACAGUUUUGAUUUUGCUCAGCAGUUACACUUUCCCUCAAACCCUCUCCAGCCAGUACCAAUGUACUUCCUGACCCCACGGAAAUGUGGCCUAUUUGGUGUUUCAUGUGAAGGGCUGCAGAAACAGGUGAAUUACCUGAUUGAUGAAGGCAUGUCAUCUACUAAGGGAAGCAAUGAAGUCAUCAGCUACAUGCAUCAUUUCUUCGGCAACUUUGGAGUUGGAGAAACAGAGGUGGAUCUUCAUUGUGACAACUGCAGUGGGCAGAACAAGAACAACUUCAUGCUCUGGUACCUUGCCUGGCGGGUUGGACACAAGCUUCACGAUAAAAUUGAAAUCCACUUCCUUAUUGCUGGCCACACCAAGUUUUCCCCUGACUGUGGCUUUGGACUCAUCAAGCAAGCCUACAUGAAGACAAGAGUCAACACUUUGGCAGACAUCGCUGAGGUUGUGGAAAACAGCUCUCCUGUGAGUCACCUCAAUAUCCCACAGCUUGUUGGAACGGCAGAGGGCAAAGUUUUAGUCCAGACCUUCGACUGGCAGCAGCAUCUGACUCGCCACUUCCGUAGACUCCCACAGAUCAAGAGUUAUCAGCACUUCAGCUUUGAAGCCAAGAGACCAGGUGUGGUGCUUGCAAAAAGUCACCGUGAUGCACAACCUGUCGAAUAUCAGCUACUGCGCUGA